AUGUCCAGCUUUAUCAAACUCGAUAGUACCAAUCUGGUACAAGAUGGUACCAAUUCAACCUGGAAAUACUCCUUCCCCGGAUCCGCGGCUGACUUCCGUGAUGUAGUUUGCGCAAUUCAAUCUAUUUCGAUGUAUAACAGUGAGUAUAACAUUGAUUCAAUGCAGUUUCAGAACACGACGUUCAAAAUCGAAGUACCUACCGCUGGAACUGUAUCCACAAUCAGUGUAUCCCUCCCCGAUGGUAUCUAUUCGUAUGACGAUAUCAAUCGAAGCAUUCAGACUUCUCUUGUCAACGCUGGAGCUGUCUAUUACGCUUGCCAGCUUGAUUUCUCUCCUACCCCUACAACUCUACCAACUACUGGAGAUACAUGGACCAGACCUACCUCCGGUUUAUACUCAGCUGGCGGUACUGGAUUGCCGACUACCACUCGAGUUCCUCGAUUGAUCAUCGAUAAUGUAGAAUUUGGAAAAGUAGUUGGACUCACAGUGGGCACCUAUCCCUCUACAUCAGCUACUGUUGCAAGUGCUCAGCUAUCGAACAUCAUUCCUCAAAUUCACCCAACCAGUUCCUACAUCGUUCGUUGCGAUCUGAUUAAAAAUGAAUACGUGGCUUCUGGUGAUAUUGUCAGCGCUUUUGAUAGAGGCGAUGCCGCUAUUGGAAAGGUCAUUUCAUACAAACCCUCCCAGUAUGCAUGGAUGAAUUGUCAUAAUGGCGUUCGAGCCAGUAUUACUCUCAGUAUCUAUAACCAAAACGAUAAAAAAGUGAUUUUUAGAGAUACGUCAGUAUCCAUCAUGCUUCUGAUUCGACCAAAAAAAUAA